AUGAUUGAUGAAAUUAAACACGACUCCACAAACACGGACAAUUUCAUCGCCUCUUACUUCAGCGAAAUGAAAGAAAAAGAAAAGCGUGGUGAAUCCACUUUAUUGGACGAGACUAAUUUAGUUCGAGUUAUUGACAACCUGUUUGCCGCAGGUACGGAGACCACUAGCACCACCAUUUUGUGGAGCUUGUUGUUUGUGCUCCAUAAUCCGGAAGUUCAGAAAAAAAUCUACCAGGAGAUUCUAGAAGAAGUCGGAGUGAACCGCGCUCCGACUAUCCAAGAUAGACCCAAACUCAAAUACCUGACAGCGUUUAUCAUGGAAACACAACGGAUGGCUAGUCUGGUGCCAUUUAGUCUGAUCCACGUCUGCAAUCAGGACGCAACAGUAGCCGGUUACACUAUCCCCAAGGGGACGCAAAUCUUGCCUAACCUGGACGCCGUCCUGAUGGAUGAAAAAAUCUGGGGCGACCCACGUAACUUCCGUCCAGAGCGUUUUCUUGACGAACAAGGCAACAUCAAAAACAGAGAGGAACUCAUUCCUUUCUCCAUCGGUCGGCGAAUCUGUUUAGGCGAAUCUUUAGCCAAGAUGGAACUUUUUCUGUACUUGUCUUCCUUGUUUCAGAGCUUUGAAAUCCUUCCAGCUAAAGAUAACUCCAUCCCACCGAUUAAAGAAACAUUUGCCGUUGUUGUCUCCCCUCUACCAUUUGAAAUCCGCUUUGUGGAAAGACAAGUCAAUGGUACCAAGUAG